CAGUGUAGGUAACACGAGGACAAUGACAAUAACAUCACACUAAAACUAAAGAACUCUGUAAGACUAAGAAUAUCAGGCAAGCAACAGGAUGGCUGCUGGGUGCGGGUGGACAAGAAAGGCCAAAAGCAAUGCUAACUACAGUUGGCUGGUUGUACUUGGAUCGCUGUGUUCUAAUGUAUUGAUGCACGGAAUCAGCUGGUCGGUGGGAGUAUUUUUCGUCCUCUUUCUAGGAGCUUUUCAGCAAUCUAAAGGGAAGACAGCCUGGACGGGGUCAAUAAACACUGCAUGUAUGUACGGGAUAGGUCCAGUGGCGAGCAUGCUGACCAACAAGUUAGGAUAUAGAACAACAAUGAUGAUAGGUGGCGUCGUGGCAGCUAUAGGAUUAGCCACGAGUGCCCUUUCAACAAAUAUAUAUCACUUAUAUAUAACAUUUGGAUUUUUAACAGGUUGUGGUCUUGGCAUUUGUUACAUUCCUACAAUAACGGUUUUAGCCGUCUACUUUUCAAAGAACCUGACAUUGGCUGUUGGAUUAUCUUCAUCUGGAGUUGGAAUAGGGAUGUUCCUUUAUCCGCCAUUGAUCACCACACUCACAGCCAUCUUCGGUUGGAGAGGGUGUAUGUUAAUCUUGGCCGCUAUAACCUUCAAUAUAUGUGUUUGUGGUGCCAUUAUGAGACCUAAGAAUAUAAGUGAUGACCCUACACGUCGCAUGAAAGAUGAUAUGCAUGAUGACAUUGAAUAUAAAAGCGUUGCUGAAGCCACUGACGACACAACAGUAAAAAAUGUUAGUACAGAAACAACGGUUUUUAAUGCACGUGUCUUUCUGAACUUGAAUUUUAUGAUAAUGUGCAUGACCAACUUCCUUUAUUGUAUUGGGCAUUCUAUUCUGUAUGUGCAUUUUGCAGAGUAUGCAAUCACCAUUGGAAUCGAACCAGAGCAGGCGGCAUUUUUAUUUUCAAUUAUCGGAUUUUCCAAUUUAGUAGGAAAAUUUAUUUUUGGAGCUUUAUCAACCAUAAGGCAUCCAUGUACAAACGUUAUACUUCUCUACGGUUCAACAUUUGCAAUAACUGGUUUAUUAAUGUUGACAGUUCCGCUACAGAAUGUGUAUCCUUUAUUAGUAUCGUUUGCAGUCGUUUUUGGAAUGUGUAGCGCUGCUUUUGGAGUAUUCGCUCCAGAGAUCGUGCGUAAAUUCUUGGGUCAGAAAGACCUUUCGACGGGAUAUGGACUUCUAUGUAUAUGUUGUGCAGCGGGUAUUUUACCAGGGGCACCGAUAGCAGGAAUGAUGUUUGACCGAACCCAACAAUACGCCGGAUCUUUCUAUCUCGGUGGAACUGUGAUUGCUCUAAGCGGCAUAAGUAUGUUAAUACCCUAUAUUAGGACGAGGAACAUCGAUACACAAAACGAUGAUGAAGAUGUCUCCACAGAUGAUUUUAUUAGACAAAGUCUAUUAGAUGUUGCUCAAAACUAUUCAUAAUGAAGACAUAGGUCGAGAACUGAACUACCCCAUCUACACCAUAUUCAUUCCCUGCAUGAAGCAUGGUAUACUUCACUAUAGUGAACCAUAAUUUGUAUAUCAGUCUCGAUUUAAGUAAAGUCGGUGAAAUUGUCAUGCCAACUGGUGUGUUCCUCCCGUAACUAAUUACAACAGUGAAUUGGGGUUAAACAAAGGCAAUGGAUUCUCUUUUAGAAGUAAUGCCUUCCGCCCAUUCUCGUAUUUUCAACUGAAUGGGUGACUCUUCCCGGCCCUUGGAAUCGAAAAAAUGAACGGGGGAAGGGGAGUGGCCGAUAUCUGCUAGAAAAUUUAACAAAUCUCCAAGAUUUAUUUUUUCACGAGAAAGUUUACAAAUAAAUCGUUAACUGAUUAAAUGUAUGGUACAAUCUACAGGUUUUCUAUAUAAAUC